AAACCGGGACGGAGACGGAUGUUGGAAAACCCUCCAAACUUGGAUCCUGAGGAUCAACAGUUGAAGUUACUUCUUGUCACAUCCGACAACAAGCAGUGUAAAAGUUUUAUUGCUGGAUCCUGCUGAAAGUAACCAUGGAUCGGCAAACGGAUGGGAAGCGGUUUCUUGAAGCCUUGAUUCGACGCGGGAUAACCGUUUUAGGCACGAUGAUUCAAAGGCUGAAUGAGUCGGAACUGUCGUUGAAGCAGCAAAUAGACAUGAUCAGUUCGGUAUACCGUUUUGUGGAGACGUGGGAGAAUGUACUACCGGAUACGUUGCCCUCGGAGCCGGGACACAGUUUAAUCGAUUUCUCGAUACAGAACAUCAAUUCUCCAGAAUUAGAACCCAAACAGAACACCCUGGCCCUAGUUUCCGAUGGUAAACUUAUGGCCUCCAGCGUAGCGGAAAUACAUACGCCUGAGUUUGAACUCCCGGUGGCGGCAUAUGAUCGCUAUCUACCUGGUCAGAUUGGAAUCUGUGAUAUUACGCAUAUUUCAAAUAUAGAAUCGGAAUUCUAUAUGAUUGACCAGAGCUCCAGCGGUAUCAAUUUCGCCGACAUUCUGCAAACUCUCCAAAAUGUGGACACAGUAUUAGAAGAUUUACCUGCAUCGUCUGGUCAGGUUUUCGGAGUGCGUGUUGACGGAACGAUUUUACGCGCAGUUCGAAGCAAACAGACCGAUCCCGUUUUUGUUAAGCUUCUGGAUACGGGAGAAAUUCUGCCUUUCGAUGGUAAGGCUAUGGUUUUGUUUGAGUUGCCACCUUUCUACGCGAAACUUCCACCGUUUGCCCUCAAAUGUUUCCUGGAUAGUGUCGAGGGCUGUAGUGACAUUGAUUGCCGUGAAUACCUGGAAACAAACCUCUUCAAUCGAUCUGGCUAUAAGGUUAUGGAGGUCGGGAGCUCUAGCCUGAAAGUUUCACUGAUGCCAUCGACAUCUGUAGAAAUGCCUCGCAAAACAGUGGAACCUAGAAAGGAUCAAGAACCGUACAAGGUAUCUCUCAGCACCCUGACGCAGGCCCAAGUGGAUGAGUUGUAUGAAGAACCGCUCAAUACGACAAACGUGAUGAAAGCAGUACUGGGAUACGUACCGAGAGAUGAUCAACGGAUAUGUCCAUUCUACGACCCCGCCAUAGAAGGAUGCUUCAAGGGAUCUCGCUGCCGGCUGGAGCACGUAGCAAAACUGUCGGACGGUUGGACAAGAGACAAAUCGCUCCAUAAGAUACAAAUCCGAGCUGAGUUGGUGGCUCCUGACGUGGGAACUGAGAUGAUGGUCAUACCCACGUUUAUCGUUAACGUCGAUGAGUUUUACGCGCACAUUCCUCGACAGGAUUUGAGUAAGGCAUUAAUCGAACUUCAGGUGCAAAUGAACGACGACAAAAUCGUAGAGAACUUUAGGAUGCUUAACCACGAGCCACAUUUUCAUGAGCUGGUAUUUGCAAAAUACUCGGAGGAUGACCUGUGGUACCGGGCACGCGUCGUGGAGUGUUACAAUCCCGAAGUAAUCGUAGUGUUCUAUGUCGAUUACGGCAACACGGCCGUACUAAGCCUCAAGGAUCUGCGCUGUUGGGAUGAUCAGUUCGACUAUCUACCGUUCCAGGCGGUGCACUGCCGAAUUGCCAAUGCUCAGCGCAUCCGUGAGGACCACAUCGAGGCCAUCCGGCAGAUUUACAACGACAUAAUCAACAAGCCCAUGAAAAUACAAAUCUUGGACAAUUUGUCACCAUGGGAGGUGCUGCUAUUCGAUGACGAAGAUAACGACAUCGGUCAGUUCCUGGUGUUGACCAAGCUGGCCUUACCACGUGAACCGAAGGUGAUGGAUAAAUCAGGAACUAACUUCAUUCCUGGCUAGAAUCGCACGUAUGUGAACGUUGAAUUUGCUUUUUGUUUGUUUAAAAUAAAUGGAAGCCGAACUGCUAAGCUAAUCAUGAGAUUUUGAAAUUGUUAUGUAUGUAUUACAUAUAUAUGUA